CUCGAAAAACAUUACGAAUGUGCAAAACAAAUUAACACGUGGUCAUUUGUUUGAGUCACUGUAUUCUGCACGACAAUCCAUGGCUUUAAGGAUUACAUGUAAUGAAAUUGAGCAACCGAAUCAUAUCCCCCUAGUGAAAUGUGAAGCUUGUCUACAUUACAGUCUGCUGUGGAACCAUCAGUAAAGAUUUUUCUAUGCGUAUGACGAGGCUCAAUAGUUGGAUUAAGCCAGCACUCGGACUCAUACUAUCUCCUCACUUACAUCCACACCUCAGCAAAUUUCGUUAAACUGUUCAUUUCAUUUUGAAUCGGUUACACUUUUUCCUCAGGUACCCCACCAAUCUAUUCAUAAACUUAUAUUUUCUUACAGGGUAGCCUCAGCGCACUACAUAGUCGUACCUGAGCGCUUAUGUGUGUACAUAUCCAUACAUACAUACAUAUACAUAUGAUAUACGCACACCUUGAUAUAGUUGUACAAAACGUGCCUGUGCCAACGUACAACGUUGUGGCGCAUGUCUCGCCGCCAUUGCUCGAACGACUGCAUUCAUAUGAAAAGUCGCGGCGACGCGUCGUUUGCUGAGAGCUACUAUCCAACAGAGUCGUGCGGUGGUUGAAAUCAACGAAUUUAGUUUGUCGCGUGCUUUUGAUGUGAUUGCGUUCAUUUAGUGGUGUAACGUUUUCUUGUUUAUAUUUCGCUAUUACCAUUGUGUACUACAAAAUGGACGGUCUACAAGAUCAAAAGUUUAAUAUUCGUUUAGUGCAAGCUAUUGAAAAAUAUCCGGCUUUGUACAACAGUGACCUCAAAACAUAUAAACGAAGGGAUUGUAGAGAACAAGCAUGGAUAGAAGUGGCCGAGGAGAUGGAUUGUAAUCCUAAAGUCCUUCUCCGAAAAUGGCAAAAUUUUCGUACAAUCUUAGUGAGAAAACUUAAACAAAAACAGAUGGGAGAAUAUGUACAACAAUACUAUUUAUACGAACACAUGAAAUUUAUCAUUCCGUAUUUGAAGAAAUCAUAUGAGCCUGAUGCGAUAAAAAGAACCAUUAAGAAAAAAGUGGAUGAAGAAGAGGACGCCGAUAUAAAUGACACAGACUCACAUCAAAGUACAGAGGAUAGUGCCAUCAUUCCCGAAAAUGAUAUCGACGAUCCAGUUUAUUUUGAAGAAGAAGAGGAAUAUGAAAUGAGUCCACCUAGGAAAGUAAAGAAGUCGGAUAGCUUUGAGGAGGAACCCGAAUCCAUUGGUAUUGAUGAGUACAUUGAUGCAAUCAACCAUCAAAGUGAAACGAAGUCGAAUAAUUUGGGUGGCAAUGCAUUAGUCAAACCCGAGUCCACAACAACCAGUCGCCCUUCAACUUCAGCUGCAGCGACGCAAGUAUAUACAAAACUUAACCGUUUAGAAGAAAGUGAUAAUCCAAAGAGGCAGUUUAUUCUCAGUUUGUUGCCAGACCUCUACGACAUGAACAACACGCAGAUGCGGAAAUUUAAAUCUAAAGUUUUAAUGCUGGUCAGUGAAAUUUUGGACGAAAAUGCCACCUGAUUUGAUAGAUUUAUUAAUAUUUUAGGAUUAAAUUUUAUGUUAAAUAUAAUGGAUUUUCGUGAUCUGUUAAGAAAUAAUCGUAUAAAAUGAAAAUAUUAUUUUUUUAACUAAAUAAAAGUUUGUAAAGAUUUAUCUUCAGUAUGUCGUAUUUUUUUGAAACACAUACAUACAUACACAAGUAUGUAUGGAGCCAAGUCCUUCUCCACUUGGUGUUUCCAUUGCAGUAAGGGCCUCGCUCUUCCUCUGGUACCACCAGCGAGUGCCGAGGUUAAUACUUCCAGAGCAGGGAUGCCGUUUGGAUCUAAAUAGAUCCAAUUGGAUACAUUUUUGGACGAAUUUUUGCGAGAUAC